AUGACGGCAGAGAGCCGGCCGCCGCCGCCGCAGACGGAGGCGCUGGCGGCCGUGAAGGAGGAGCGCGGUGAGGCUGGGACCGGGGUCCCGGCGGAGGCUGCGGGUCGCGGCGCGGGAGGGCGUCGGAGGAAGCGCCCCCUGCAGCGCGGAAAGCCGCCCUACAGCUACAUCGCGCUCAUUGCCAUGGCUAUCGCGCACGCGCCGGAGCGUCGCCUCACGCUGGGCGGCAUCUACAAGUUCAUCACCGAGCGUUUCCCCUUCUACCGCGACAACCCCAAAAAGUGGCAGAACAGCAUCCGCCACAACCUGACGCUCAACGACUGCUUCCUCAAGAUCCCGCGCGAGGCCGGCCGUCCAGGCAAGGGCAACUACUGGGCGCUCGACCCCAACGCCGAGGACAUGUUCGAGAGCGGCAGCUUCCUGCGCCGCCGCAAGCGUUUCAAGCGCUCGGACCUCUCCACUUACCCAGCCUACAUGCACGACGCGGCCGCCGCCGCCGCCGCAGCCGCCGCCGCCGCUGCCGCCGCCAUAUUCCCGGGCGCGGUGCCCGCUGCCCGCGCGCCUUACCCCGGCGCCGUCUACGCAAGCUAUGCCCCGCCGUCGCUCGGCGCGCCGCCCCCAGUCUAUUACCCCGCUGCGUCGCCAGGUCCGUGCCGCGUCUUCGGCCUGGUGCCUGAGCGGCCGCUUAGUCCUGAACUGGGCCCCGCGCCGUCGGGGCCCGCGGGCUCCUGCGCCUUUGCCUCCGCCAGCGCUUCCGCCGCCUCCACCGGCUACCAGCCUGCGGGCUGCGCUGGGGCCCGACCUGCCAAUCCCUCCGCCUAUGCGGCCGCCUACGCGGGCCCGGAUGGCGCGUACCCGCAAGGGGCGGGCAGUGCCCUCUUCGCCGCGGCUGGCCGGUUGGCUGGGCCCGCCUCGCCCUCCGCGGGUGGCAGCGGUGGUGGCGUCGAAACCGCGGUGGACUUCUAUGGGCGCACAUCGCCCGGCCAGUUCGGAGCGCUGGCGCCCUGCUAUAAUCCUGGUGGGCAGCUCGGAGGGAGCAGUGGAGGCGCCUACCAUGCUCGCCAUGCGACUGCCUAUUCCGGCGGUGUGGAUCGAUAUGUGUCCGCCAUGUGAGCCCAGCAUACAGUCGGAAAUUCCCAGAUACCUCUGCUGUCCACACGAACUAAGUAUCCCCAAGACCUGAGAACAGAACUGGAGAGAGGAU